AUGUCAGAUGAGAAGGUCACAAUCUUGCUUCGUGCUGUAGGAGACGCUCCUAUUUUGAAGCAGAAGAAGUUCACAGUUGAUGUUAAUAGGAAUGUAGCGUGGUUUUCUCAAGUAAUAAGAAAAAUGGUUAACUUACCUAAUGAUCAAAAUCUUCAUAUUUACAUCUCGCAAACGUUUGCUCCAUCUCCUGACCAUUCGUUUGGUUCCCUUCGUGAUUGUUAUGCUAUUAAGGCUGAUGGUAAAGACGAUCAUUUAGUUAUGCACUACAGCACCACCUACGCGUGGGGCUAA